CAUCAUCAUCAUCAUCGGAGCGCCUGGUCACAGUCCGUGCGUCUUCCCCCGUCGGAGGUUCGAGUCCUCCCUCAGGCAUAGGUACGCAGCUGCCAUGAGACCGUGCACAGUGCUGGCAGUUGUUCUGGUGCUGGCAGCUGGUGCGUCGCAAGCGGCAAGGAUUCUGGGCAUCAUCCCGACGCCUUCCAUAAGCCACCAAACGCCCUUCCGCCUCAUUGGGCUCGAACUUGCCAGGCGGGGACACCAAGUUACGGUCAUCACUACAGAUCCCCUAAGGGAAAAAAUAGAAAAUUAUACUGAAAUAGAUGUAUCCGUGACGUACGAUUUCUGGAGAGCGACGUAUGACUUCAAUUCACUGUCGGAUUCCGUUCCACACGAUAUGCUGCGCCUUUUACCUCAUAUGGGGCAAGGGAUAUGUGAAAUCCAACUGGACUCCUCAGAGAUGAAAGAUUUUAUCCGGUCGGCGCCUAGUUUUGACGUCGUUAUUAUCGAGCGACUAAUGUACCAGUGUUACUACGGCCUCGUACACAAGGUGGGAUCACCACCUCUCAUAGGCUUUCUCUCGCUUACUGCGCCCGGUCCGCUGCACGUAAUGCAAGGAAAUCCCAACAACCCCGCCUAUUGUCCUGAUAUGUCACUCCCCUACAACGACCACAUGUCGUUCUGGGAAAGAAUGUACAACGCAUACAUAAUGGUUCUCUUUCUACACUCGUGGAACUAUGUAAUUAUGCCAGAACAAGAGCGGAUAAUGAGGAAACAUUUUGGCCCUGACGGUCCAUCUGUGUACGAAACGGAACGAAACUGCAGCGUCCUUCUUAUAAAUAAUCACUACAGCAUGAAUUACCCACGGCCAUUGCUUCCCAACAUGAUAGAGCUGACAGGACUACAUCUUGAGAAACAGCGACGGCCUCUGCCCAAGGAUAUCCAGAAGUUUCUCGACGAAGCGGAAGACGGCGUGAUAUACUUCAGCCUGGGCAGCAACGUAAGAGGGAACACGAUACCAGAGGAGAAGCGGCUGGCGUUCCUGGAGGCCUUCGCACAGCUGCCGCAGCGCGUGCUCUGGAAGUGGGAGGCAGGCAGUAUGCCCGGUCAGCCGGACAACGUCAUGACGGCCAAGUGGUGGCCCCAACAGGACGUCCUGGCACAUAAGAACAUGCGGCUGUUCAUCACGCAAGGCGGACUGCAGAGCGUGAACGAAGCAGGCUACUUUGGUGUGCCGAUGAUCGCGAUUCCUUUCAUGGGGGACCAGAAGCACAACGUGGCCAAGAUUGUGCAAGCUGGCAUAGGGUACCGCCUGAUGUUCAAGGAUGUCACCGUGGAAUCGGUGCUGAAGGCCGUGCGCACCGUUCUAGGCGAUAAAAGGUACCAGGAGAACAUGAGACAGUUCUCGGCGGUGUUCCGCGAGCACCAGGAGACGUCGCUGGACCGCGCCGUGUGGUGGGUGGAGUACGUUCUGCGGCACCGGGGAGCCCCCCACCUGCGCAGCGCGGCUCUGGACCUGCACUGGUGGCAGCUCUGGCUGCUCGACGUCAUCGCAUUUGUUGUCAUCGUGCCGGCAGCUGGGCUCUACCUGCUGUACAGGGCCGCCCGCUACGUCACCACGACAGGUGCCACUCUGAAGAAGAAGCGACACUGACACUCCGGACUACUGCCUGACCACGGUGGUACUGCACUCGGUCUCCAGUGGCCGUUAUCGGAAACACGCGGUAGCAGUACAAAAGACAAAUACAGUGGUUACUGAGGAAUGAGCAUAGGACUGUGAACGAUUACAAAACAGCUGUGCACAUAGUAAGGUCCCCGCAGGAUACGGUGGUCGAUGCGCAGUGUGCAGUUUUUCCCCAAAGCUCCGGGCCAGCUUCAUGAUGACGUACUGGCAGAGUGGCCGAGCGGUUCUAGGCGCUCCAGUCUGCAACCGCGCGACCGCUACGGUCGCAGGUUCCAAUCCUGCCUCGGGUAUGGAUGUGUCUGAUGUCCUUAGGUUAAUUAGGUUUAAGUAGUUCUAAGUUCCAUAGUGCUCGGAGCCAUUUGAACCAUUUUGAACCAUGAUGACGUGCACAUGAUUUCCUUAAUAGUCAUAGGUAUUGUGACACUUGCAUUCAAGUAAUAUAGGGGUUGCUAUGGCUUUACGUUUGGUGCACAUGCAUAAUAUGUCGCUGUGUAUGAAAUUUAUAUGUUUACUGACUUUUUCUUUAGUUGAGUGGAGGGCUCUAUUUGUCACCAAUCUCGAGAAAAUUGUUCUGAUGUAGUACACUCAGACGCGCGGGAUUAGCCGAGCGGUCUCAGGCGCUACAGUCAUGGAUUGUGCGGCUGGUCCGGGCGGCGGUUCGAGUCCUCCCUCGGGCAUGGGUCUGUGUGUUUGUGUUUAGAAGAAUUUAGGUUAAGUAGUGUGUAAGCUUAGGGACUGAUGACCUUAGCAGUUAAGUCCCAUAAUAUUUCACACACAUUUGAACACAUUUUUUAGCACACUCAUUUGCGAUCUUGAGCGCCGGCAGUGAAGCCAGAGUAAAAUACCCACAACGUUCCCCACGUUCCAUAAAUGGUUUUGAGAUAUCGACAUGAAAUUUUAGCAAACGAUAGCACGCAAAGAGGAGAGUGUUAUAUGGUUAUUACGCAGAACUUCAUUGUCAGUCGUGUUAUUCAACUAACGACAGACGUUUUCGAUGAAAUAAUGUAAUUUGUAAGGGCCUUCGAUAGAUGGUGAAACGAUAAAUGCUGUGCGUUUUGGAACGACAUAAAUGAAGACUUUACUCGAUUAUUUUUGCGCCGAAGAUGUGGUUUUUCAUAAGCUACUGACCUUGCUUUUAUCAGUUCCUCAUUCAAUACACUUAAUAAACCACUGUUUCGAAAUUCUCUCGCAGUUAAGUCGGCACAACCUGUCAGUGAGGUGACACAGUGUAAACGCCGGCCGUUGUGACCGAGCGAUUCUAGGCAUGUUCACUUAAAACUUCCGUUCUGAUAGGCCGUUGUCGAAGUAUAAAACUCAGUCGUGACGUUUCGUCUCCGACUACGGGAGACAUCCUCGGAGGUACAACGGCGAACUGCGAAGGGAACUCGUGGAACCGCUACGGUCGAAUCCUGCCUCGGGUACGGAUGUGUGUGAUGUCCUUAGGUUAGUUAGGUUUAAGUAGUUCUAAGUUCUAGGGGACUGAUGACCUCAGAA